AGAUCACAUUUAAGUGAGCAUAGGACGUGGAAGUGUUGAGAUGAGGAGGAUUGAGAACACCACCGACCGGCAAGUUACGUUCUCCGAUAGGCGGGACGGGUUGCUGGAGAAGGCGCAUGAGCUCGCCGUCCUCUGCGAUGCCCAGAUCGGACUCAUCAUCUUUUCCAGCAGUGGGCAGAUGUUCGAGUACUGCAGUCCCCACUCCAGCAUGUGCCAGAUUAUUGAUAGAUUCAAGAAAGCAUCAGGCACUCGAAUUCAGGAAUACGAUGAUAAACAGCAGAUAUACUGUGAGAUGACGAAAAUGAAGAAUGAGAAUGACAAGCUGCGAGAAACCAUGCGACACUUAACUGCGGAGGAUCUCACCACUCUCACCAUGACCGAUUUGAAACACCUUGAUAAGCAACUUGAAGCUUCUUUAGAUCGAGUCCGCUCAAGGGAGAUCCAGUUGCUCAAAGAAGAGCUUGACGACUUGCGUAGAAAGGAGCAGUGCCUUUUGGAAGUACACAACAAUGAAUUCUCGAGAGCGCUUUUUGAACGCCAAAAGGCAAAGAAGCCCCUGGUGAUAGAUGACCCAGCGCCGGUCGAUGACUUUGUCACUGAAGAUGAGCAACCCAGAGACCUACUUCAGGUGAUAGAUGCCCCACCGCUGGUCGACGACUUUGGCACCUUCGAUCAAGAUGAGCAAUCCAGAGACCUGCUUCAGCUUUCUCCUCCUUUCUCCAACUGGCUUCAACCCACUCAGCCAAACCUGCAAGAACCAAACUUCCAUCACCAUGCUUGCAGCUCUGGCUGUCCUGCUGAUGAUGAAAUGUCUGGAAUGCGUAUUAACUAGUGAAGAAAGAACUUUAAAGUCGGGGCAGAGAAAUGAAGACAUCUAUUUAGUUAUGUUUUAGUUUCUUUUUUCAUGCUAAUUAGAAGAGCAGACU